AUGCAUCGUUUUUUGCUCCUACUUUAUUUUUCUAGCUUUCUUCGCUAUUCAGAAGCAAUCAGAUGUCGCAGUUGUUACAGCUAUAACGGUCAAGCAUGUGUAAAUGCACCAGAUUGUGAAUCGGAUGUUUGUCUGUAUGAACAACUAAACGCAGCCAACGGAAUAACCCACGUCCUCCGUACCUGUUAUACAAAAGGAAAAGCAUACACAUUCGAUGACGGUGUCACAAUGUCUAACCUGAAUCAAUGUGUAACUCGUACCACGAGACAAGGACAGUACUAUGUGUCCUUAUGCACUUCCCAAGAUAUGUGCAAUAAUGACUGUAGAACAGAACCACAACAACCUGUCCAACCUACACUUCCUCCAGUUAUCCCAUUAGGUUCUGUGACUUGUUAUGAUUGUAUUUCAACUGAUGGAACUGACUGUCAAACUAAUACUUGUCAAGGGGCAUACUGUCUAUAUGAACGUCGUCUCACCAACAAUCAAAUGUAUCUCAGAAAAACAUGUCUAUUGGAGCCAGUAAUCCAGUUAGAUGACGAGACAACAGUGAGCAACGUAGACAUUUGUGAAGUUCGAAAUACAGUAAUCAGUCGGUAUUACGUCAAAAUUUGCAACGAUGUUAACUUGUGUAACAACUACUGUAAUCCUGGACAAUCUCCGCCUCUUCCUCCACUAAGACAACCAUUGGUUAGAUGCUACGAUUGCGAGUCUUCGAAUUCAGACUGCUUUACUGGAUCUUGUGAAGGAAAUUUCUGUAUUUAUGAACGUCAACUUCGAAGUGGCACCUCCAAAACCUACUUCCGAAAAUCUUGCUCUGCCUUGGCGUAUGCUCAAUAUCCAGAUGGUUCAUACACCGGUGCACCCAACGUUUGUAACAUAAAAGUGAUCAAUGAUGUGGAAUAUAAUGUGAAAGUUUGUAAUACUGGGAACAUGUGCAAUUCUCAGUGCACUCAAGAUUCUUCGGCAGUAACUUGCACCGAAUGCAGUGCGGUCAAUGCAGAUGAUUGUAGUGGAGGCACUUGUCAAGGAAGAUUCUGUACCUUUGUAAGAUCAAAAUCUCAACUUGAUCCAACCAAGACUACUGUCAAAAAGUCGUGUGCCACGUCAUCGAUUCUCAGUUUUCCAGACAACACUGCCUAUGUGGAUAUCAAUCAUUGCCAGUAUAAAAUGUUGGGAUCCGUCCAGACCGCUCUGAAAGCCUGCAACACCACCUUCUGUAACACGGCCUGUUCAGAUGUAGCCAUGCCGACUCCUUCUCCACAAAACUCUGCUGGAUUCUCUUCUUUCUUUGUUUGUAUUUGUUCUUCUCUCAUCUAUGGUCUUGUUCUCUUGUCUUAA